CCGGCUCGGCUGUCCGCUGUCCACCGCCGCGGGAGCCGGAGGUGGGUCAGCAAGCAUUGAAAGCGAGCAGUGGACCCACGUGUGUGCUGGUGGAGGAAGUUGGCCACUGAGCCAGGAAAACCACUGUGCUGGCUGGGACCCCUGCUCUUCACCGUGCACUGUCCAUGCUGAUGAGCCGGCGGCUCCCUGUGAUCGGGGAUCUGGGAAGACCAUGUCCAGCCCCCCUGACUGGCUGCUGCGUCUGCUCCCCAGCGCCCCGAGGCAGCGCAUCUGCGCCCUCUUCCUCAUCAGCUUCAAGUUCACAUUUCUGGUCUCCGUGGUGAUCUACUGGCACGUCGUGGGAGGGCCAGGGAACCAGGGACAGUUGCAGAACCUGCCUGCCGAGGUCCCCUGCCCGACCCUGGAGCCCCCCGCACCGCCCUCCGGCAGCUCCACGCCACUGCCGCCAGCGCCCAACAUCUUCUUCCUGGAGACCUCGGACCGCACCAACCCCAACUUCCUGUUCAUGUGCUCCGUGGAGUCGGCGGCCAGAACCCACCCCGAGGCCCGCGUGGCGGUGCUGAUGAAGGGGCUGCCGGGGGGCAACGCCUCCCUGCCCCGGCACCUGGGCCUCUCGCUGCUGGGCUGCUUCCCCAACGUGCGGCUGCUGCCGCUGCAGCUGGAGGAGCUGUUCGCAGGCACGCCCCUGGCCGCCUGGUACGCAGCGGCGCGCCGGCGCUGGGAGCCCUACCUGCUGCCCGUGCUCUCGGACGCCUCGCGCCUCGCGCUGCUCUGGAAGUUCGGGGGCAUCUAUCUGGACACGGACUUCAUCGUGCUGCGGAGCCUCGGGAACCUGACCAACGCGCUGGGCACGCAGUCCCGCUACGUGCUCAACGGCGCUUUCCUGGCCUUCGAGCGCGGCCACUCCUUCCUGGCGCUGUGCAUGCGUGACUUCGUGGCGCAUUACAACCGCUGGGUCUGGGGCCACCAGGGCCCGCAGCUGCUCACGCGGGUCUUCAAGAAGUGGUGCUCCACCCGCAGCCUGGCCGAGAGCCACGCGUGCCGCGGCGUCACGGCGCUGCCCCGCGAGGCCUUCUACCCCAUCGCCUGGCAGAACUGGAGGAAGUACUUUGAGGAGGUCAGCCCCGAGGAGCUGAGCCGGCUGCUCAGUGCCACCUACGCGGUGCACUUGUGGAACAAGAAGAGCCAGGGCACGCGCCUCGAGGCCACGUCCAGGGCGCUGCUGGCCCAGCUCCACGCCCGCUACUGCCCCACCACACACGAGGCCAUGAAGAUGUACUUAUAAGGGUCCAGGUGGGCCCGCAUGGAGACAGGUGCUGGGCCAGCCUUCCCGGGGAGGUGUGGGAGGUUCUGAGCUGUGGCACCCGCAUUUUCAGCCAGUGUUCCAGGCACAGGCCCUGGAACCGACCCAAAGGAGCUCCGUGAGCUUCCGGAGCCUUCUAGAACCCUCGGGAAGCAUGAGCAAGCCCGGGACAGCCUGCAGGGCAGGGCUGGCCACUGGGAGACACAGCACAGGCACCCCCGCCCCAAGCCCAGGGCUGGUACUGACCUUGGAGGGACCAAGCUGCUGCGCCUGCCCCUCGCCCCUUCUCCUCUCUGAACUGGGGUUGCGGGAGGAGCAUUCCAAGCGACACCCCACACCCCUGGAUGGAUCCCAAAGAUCUCAAUCAGAGCGACUCACUGGUGCCCCCUGCUGUGUGGUUGGUGAGGCGGGUUCCCACGCGCGCCUGUCUUAGCCCUGGAAGUGGACAGUGGCUGGGGCUAUGGGCCUGCAGCCGCUCACAUCCCCUGGGUGAGGGGAGACCCUGCAGUGGGGAAGACAGGAGCCUGAUGACUUGCAGGCCCCCACCGGCGUUCCUACCUCUACCCUCUGAUGAGCUCCCAUUGUUUUGUUCCAAAUGAAGCCAGGGCAGGGCCACCA